AUGGCGCUAAAAUUAUUUCCAAUCCCAUUCCCAGUCUUUGCACCACCGAAUCCGAACCCGAACCCAUCUCACCGCCCGUCCACCGAGGUCCGCUUCUCUCGAUGGAACAACGCCAACGCAGAGAAAUUCAACCAACACCAACGCGCCCAGCAAGAAAUCGAAGACGAUAUCCGCCGCAGUCGCCGAUUCACUUCCGCCACCAACAUCGUCACUAAUUACGACCCGAAAAACACCACCGAAGAAGACAAUUCUUUCUUCAAAUCCACUGGCACACCUUCCUCUCCUUCUUCUCCUUCAAUACCGGGUAAAAAAUCUAAGUACUCCAAACCACUGAAAAAAACCCACCCCGCAUUUCGGCCCAGAAUUACUAGAGUGCCCCUGCCACAAAACAACGGCAAACCGCUCGUUGACAGGAAAGCGGACAUCAAGGUAAGCGAAGACGGCCUCUCCUAUGUAAUAGACGGCGCGCCGUUCGAGUUCAAAUACAGCUAUACGGAGACGCCGAAGGUGAAGCCGUUGAAAUUGAGGGAGGCGCCGUAUGCGCCUUUUGGGCCCACCACGAUGCCAAGGCCGUGGACCGGGCGGGCCCCGUUGCCGCCCAGCAAGAAGAAGUUGAAAGAUUUUGAUUCGUUUGUUUUGCCUCCCCCGGAUAAGAAGGGAGUCAAGCCUGUUCAGUCUCCGGGUCCCUUUUUGCCUGGGUCGGGUCCUAGGUACGCGAAGAGUCGAGAGGAGAUAUUAGGUGAGCCUUUGACGCAAGAGGAGAUUGAAGAGUUGGUUGAUGGAAGCUUGAAAGCAAAGCGACAAUUGAAUAUGGGGAGAGAUGGUUUGACUCAUAACAUGUUGGAUAAUAUACAUGCUCUUUGGAAGCGGAGGAGAGUGUGUAAAAUCAAAUGCAAAGGAGUAUGUACUGUUGAUAUGGACAAUGUGUGCCAGCAAUUAGAGGAAAGGACUGGAGGGAAGAUAAUUUACAGAAAAGGAGGGGUGUUAUUCCUUUUUCGAGGAAGAAACUACAACUAUAGAUAUCGACCUCGCUUUCCUCUUAUGUUGUGGAAACCUGUAACGCCUGUUUAUCCAAGGUUGAUUCAACGAGCUCCGGAGGGUCUAACACUGCAACAAGCAUCGGCUAUGCGCAAUAGAGGGCGGAAACUGAUACCGAUAUGUAAACUAGGAAAAAACGGCGUGUACCUUGAUCUAGUGAAAAAUGUCAGAGAGGCGUUUGAAGAGUGUGAAUUGGUCCGAAUAAAUUGUCAAGGGAUGAAUGGAAGUGACUUUAGGAAAAUUGGUGCCAAACUCAGGGACCUUGUCCCUUGUGUGCUGAUCUCAUUUGAACACGAGCACAUCCUCAUGUGGAGGGGAAGAGAUUGGAAGUCUGCCUUCACGAUACCAGUAAAUGAUUGUGAUGAAGCUAAGAGUUCCAGCAUUGAUAGUGCAAAUUCUGUUGUACCACUUUUGGAGGACCAACAAAAUGGAACUCUCUCAGUAAAGGAUGCAAGCACACGGAAUAUGGAAACAUCCAGGAUAGAUUCUGAAGAGAAAGGAGAGGAUCUAUCCAAAAAAGACAUAGAUGAGACAUCCGCAGCUAAGGUUUCUAUUUCAACCACAACAGAAAUCUAUGAAAGUAAAACUACUUCAGAUAACAUUGGCAGUUCUGCUGUUAGCGAGUCUGAAGCCAUGAGCAAUAUAAGUGGCAGUGAAGUGAUAAUGGAUGAUACAGGGUAUAUUGAUGAAACGCUAACUACUACGUCAUUGGAACCUGGCACCACACUUACAAGCAUUGGGAAUAUGGAGGAGCACCAAAAUGUUUCAGAAGGUUCGCAAGAUUUUAGUGAAACGGCAAAGUUGAGGGAGCCUUAUACAGAGGGAGUUUUAGAAUUAUUGAAGCAAGCUGUUGAGAUUGGGAGUGCAGUUGUCCUAGUUGAUGUAAAUUUGGAUGCUGAUGCGGUUUACCAAAAGGCAGUUGCCUUUGCCCAGUCAGCUACUCCUGGUCCUGUUUUUAGGCACCGACCCAGGAACGCAGUGGUUCAAAAGAGUGAGAAGCAAGAAAAUGGGGAUUUGGAAGUUAAACAAGUUACAACUGUCUCCAACACGGGAGGAGAUAGCGAGAGGAAGGGUUCUAAAGUUGGAAGAAGAAAAGAUUUUAAUGAACAAUAUGAGGAUUCAUUACCACAUGGAAGCUUAAGAGUGGAUGAACUUGCUAAACUGUUGGCAUGA